UUUCCCUGCAGCUGCCCUACACAGAUGCCCGUUUCUGGGGCUGUCGGACCCUCUCAUCCAUGGGGAGAAGCCAGUGCGUGGCAGCUUUGCCCAGAGGAAUGACUCUCCAGGCUGCGUACUGACUCCAGGAACCAAGAAGGAGUUUCUUCCCAAGGAAAAUGAAAAUGUAUGCCCAGAUCUUUGCCCUGCUGGUGGCUGUGACGCAGUACAGAGCCGUGGCCAUUCAUGAAGCGUGCAGGACGGCAGAGGUGGCCGACAUUUUGUUCGUUGUGGGGCAGUCAAAGGGCACAAGAAGAGAGAGCUCCCAUCUGGUCAAGGACUUCAUUGGUAGCAUGGCCCGUUCCUUUGAGAACGUGGUGAUGGGCAAAGGAGGCAUCCGGCUGGCAGUGGCACUCUACAGGGAGAAACCGAGGAUGAGUAUUGAGCUCACGGAUUAUGUGACCAUCAAAGAAAUGCUGGUGGCAAUUCAGAAUCUCUCCCUCAAAGGUGGCAGCUUAAAAACAGGGGCUGCGCUGGGGUUUGCAGCUCAUGUCAUGUCUCGCCUGGACGUGCUGCGAGAGGAUGCAGCAAAGGUAGUUGUUUUGAUCACGGAUGGGAAAUCCAGUGACUUAUUUGAAGAUGAAGCCCAGGUUCUACAGGAUGGGGGAGUGACGGUGUUUGCUGUAGGGAUUAAGGAUGCUGACAAGAAUGAACUGAACAAAAUAGCUUCAGAACCCACUGAAGAGCACGCACUCUACGUUGAAGAUUUCCACCUCCUCCACAACGUGGCCCCCAAACUCUCUCGAAGGCUCUGUUUCACUGCUUCAGAGCCACCACGGCCCAUAAAGCAGACUGUGCAAGCUGAGAAGAUCAUCGGCCCCCGGAAUUUACAUGUCAGUGAGCACAGCCACAGCUCGCUGCGACUCACGUGGAUGCCAGCUACAGGAAGGGUGAUGGGCUACCGUGUCCAUCUGCAUCCCUUGCUGCCUUCGGGGCACCCAGUUUCAGAGGACCAACGGCAGAUUAUGGUGGAUGGUGACAAAAGUACCGUGCUGCUGACUGAUCUGAAACCCAACACCAAGUAUGUCUUCACGGUGAGGGCCAUCUACGCAGAUGCCCAUGGGGAGUCAGCGACCAUCAAGGGGAAGACAACACCUGUGCCUCCAAUCACGAAUUUCCGUGUGAUAGAAGAAGGACUUUUUAGCUUGAAGGUGGCUUGGACGCCUCCACUGGGCAAGCCGGAGGGCUACAAGAUCUACAUCCCCAGAGCCAACAGACCAGGAAUGACGUAUGAACAGGUUCUGCGCGGCGACAUCUCCUCCCACGUGUUGGAUAACUUAGAGGAGGAUAGAGAAUACAGCAUCAGCAUCUAUGCAAUAUACCCUGAGGGGUCGAGCCAGCCUGUAGCUGCUGUGGGAAGAACAUUGAAGUUCCUGCCUGUGGAGAUCGUCUUCCUGCAGAACGAGACCACUGACACACUCCAGGCAAGGUGGAGCCCAGUCCAGGGAGCAACAGGAUACAGACUCACCUGGUCAUCCGCAGAGGGCAGCAUCCAGGACGUGAACCUUAGCAACGACUACAGCAACUACCUGAUCCAGGGACUGCAGCCUGGCACAGAGUACACCAUCACCAUCAACCCUAUCUUUGGGGAUGUCGAGGGGCCAGUAGUGAGCAGAAAAGCAACGACAGUGGCAUCAAGCACUGUCCAGAUGUUGAAAGUGAGUGACAUAUCCAUCAACAGUGCUCUGGUCUCCUGGGACUCAGUUGCUGGGGCCACCGGGUACCGAAUGGCUUGGAGUCCUACACCAGAGUUCUUUGGCAAAGACCGUCCUCGCCAGCUGGCUCUCAACAGGUCAACCACAACCUACCAGCUCCACAACCUCUCCCAUGACACCGAGUAUGUAAUUUCCCUCUAUGUGCUCUUUGGUUCAGUGGAGGGACCAGGGAUCACAGCCUCAGCCAGGACAUCUCCUCUCGGCUACGUCUCCAAUUUCAAGGUGACUUCCUACACUAGUACAAGCCUGUCUCUGGCAUGGAGUGCCAUGGCAGCUGCCACCAAAUUCAAAGUCACCUGGAGCCCCAUGGGAGCAGGCAAAGAAAAACAGGUUGCCAAGACUCAGUACCUGGCCAGUAGGGUGUUGGCUUGCCGGAUCGACCACUUACUGCCCAAUACCCUGUAUAAAGUCAGUGUCCGGGCCAUCUUCAACAAGACCGAAGGGCCAGAGGUGACCUUGACCCACUACACAGCAUCUCCUGCAGACCCCAACCCCACCCAGAUUGUUCAAGAUCUGAGGAUCACUGACGCUGGCGUAAAUAGUUUGAAGCUGUCUUGGAAGAGGCUUCCUGGAGUAACGCAUUAUAAGAUAUCCUGGGUGCCAGUCAAUGGUGGCUUGGAAACCUCCCAGGUGGUUGCAGCAGAGACAGUCUCCUUCACAAUCCCCAAACUGAAGGAGAGCACCACCUACACCAUCCGCCUGUCUGCAAUCAUUGGGGAACAGGAAGGAAGCCCCAUGCUCCUCACAGCCAAAACCUUGGAUUUACCCAAAGUGACUGAGUUCACAGUGCAGGAGGCUGCGGAGACCAGCAUUUUGUUGACUUGGAUGACUGUUCCUGGGGCAUCCACUUACCUGUUAACAUGGCACUUGUCCUCAGCUACUGAUGUUUCCCAGGAAAUGUUACCAGCAGCUUCUAGAUCAUAUCGAGUGACAGGACUGAGGUCCAAAAAAAAGUAUUUGUUUUCUAUAAGACCAGUCUUUGGAGACACGGAGGGACCAGAGACAACAUUUCUUGGGCAAACAGUGGGACCUCACAUAGAUUCACCUGAGCCAGUUGCACCAGUGACUUCUACAGGAUUGGAUACGAUGAGAUCCCCAUCCGUAUCUCCUAGCAAUGUGGGGACCACUCCACUUCCUCUGGCAACCACCACAAAGCUACCACCAACACCAGAGACUCCACGAUCGACCACUGCAGAGUCUGCACAACACACAACUCUCCCUGGGCCAAUCUGUGGCAAGUUCAAAGCCGACAUUGGGUUCCUGGUGGACGAGUCCUCAAGUAUUGGCCAGAGUAAUUUCAAUAAAGUGAAGGAUUUCCUCUUCUGGAUCGUUUCCUAUUUCCCUAAGAUUGGGCCUGAAGGAACUCAGGUUGCUGUUGCUCAAUACAGUGAAGAGCCCAGGGCAGCCUUCUACUUCAGCCAUCACCGUGAUCGCAACAGUGUCCUGAAAGCUAUCAAAGAACUGAGCUAUGCUGGAGGCAACACUAAAACAGGUCGCGCUAUUGCCUACAUGCUAAAGGAGGUGUUUCAGUCCUUAAGAGGGAUGAGGCCAGAUUUCCCUCAUGUGCUGGUGCUCAUGACUGAUGGGAGAUCCCAGGAUGACGUGUUGCUACCAGCCAGAGUACUCCAUGCUUUGGGGAUCCGUGUCAUUGCUGUGGGUGUUGCAGGAGCUGACCCCAUUGAGCUCAAUAGCAUCUUGAUGCAACAGAACCUGCAGAAUGUUUUCUACGUCAGCACAUUCGAUGACUUUCCCCAGAUUCUCCAAGAGCUGAUAGAAGUCAUUUGUUCUGACCCUCAGCCUUCAGGAGACCAGCUCCCAUCUGUGGAGGUCACCAGACAUGAAGCUGACAAGCAGUUGCCAUUUAAUGACACAGAGAGCAAGCCACACAUCCCUGCUCCAUCAUCAGCUGAACAACACAGCCAAAAAGAAGAGGAGACUUGUGGACCCUGGUGUUUAAACAGCUUCAGGGGCUCAUCAGCUCAUGGACGCAAUGACCCAUUCAGCUUUUCUACAAAGGGAGAAAAAGGAGAGAGGGGUCUACCUGGGAAGGACGGCAUUCCUGGGCUGCCAGGCAGACCAGGGCGGACAGGUCCUCCUGGUCCUCCUGGACUCGUGGGUGAACCAGGCUAUGUCCUGGGAGGAGUGGAGGUGAUUCCUGGCCAAAAUGGGCAGCCUGGUCCCCCUGGACCAAAAGGGCAGCCAGGGGUCCCUGGAGUAGCAGGACCACCAGGUUUACCAGGGCCACAGGGGCCACCAGGGAUCUCCAUCAAGGGUGAACCAGGUAUGAGGGGCCCUCGUGGGAGGAACGGCCUCAAGGGUGACAGAGGAGGUGUGGGAGAGCCGGGUAACAAAGGGCAAGGUGGUGUUAAAGGGGAAAAGGGACUCCCAGGACCUCCAGGGCAGAAGGGAGAUCAAGGGAAACCAGGAUUUCCAGGUGCUCCAGCUGUGGGGGUUUUGGGACCUCCAGGCAAGAAAGGUGUCAGGGGAGAUACUGGACCAACAGGAGCUCUGGGGCCAAAAGGAAGCAAAGGAAUACAAGGAGACAAAGGAGAGAAGGGAAGUCCAGGUUUCGGCGUUCCUGGUCAACCUGGGCUGAAGGGAGACCCAGGCGACAGGGGAAAUGUAGGUUUGUCGGGCAAACCAGGUCAGAAGGGGGAUAUAGGUCCAAAGGGAGAGAAAGGUGAACCAGGAUUACCUGGGAAAAAAGGCGAGACUGGACUAAGAGGUAAAGAUGGGGAACCAGGAGAGAAAGGCACCUCUGGGACCAAGGGAGAAGCUGGUGCCCCUGGAGAACCAGGAGAGAGAGGAAUCAGGGGUCCACCUGGACUCCCAGGACGACCUGGAGAGCAGGGGCUAAAAGGCGAUCCAGGACAACCUGGAAAGGAUGGAAUCACUGGAGAGAAGGGAGACAAGGGCGAAUCUGGUGAGCCUGGGUUGCCUGGGGCUCCUGGAAGCAUUAUGUCUUCUCUGGAGAACACCAUCAACCUGAAAGGCAGCAAGGGGGAUCGCGGACAGGAUGGCUUGAAAGGUGAAAGAGGUCCUCCAGGCCCCAAGGGAGAACCUGGUCCACCAGGCAAAGGAGUGGAAAUGAAGGAUCUGGAGAGGCUUUUUGAAGCACAUGGUAUCAAGCUAGCCCUCCUGAAAGACCUCUCCAAUGCACUUCUGCGGGAAGGGCUGGAUGGGCUGGUGCGGCAGCUGGGUGACUCCAAGACAAGCAAGAACUCCAGGACAAAGCAGGAUUCACUGGUGGUCAAUACUUCUCACGAUGCCCUGGCCAGCACCAAGAUCACAGAAGCACAGAGUCUGGAGGAAGAGGCUCAGUUUAGUGUGCCAACAUCUGGAGGACUCUCUGAGGGUCCAUCUACUGGUGGUCCUGAACCUGAGUACCAGCCUCUAAGAAAAUUUCCUGAGUCCUUGGAGAAACCCUCUGAGGAAAGAAGGAAUGAGACAGACUCAAGAGGGACAAACACUUCUGUCAGCAGUAGCUUGGCUGUGUCCCCACCACACUCAGAAGAUGAUCUGCAAGGAAACCAGUCCGUGGAGCUUCUUGAGUCCUUAGAGGAGAGGAUGGAAGGACAACCACAGCAGGACACCAGCCACGAAAAUGUGAAUUUAGAUGAUGGUUCUGCAUUCCCAAGGCGUGUUCGACACAAGAGAUCUGCUGAGCAUGAGACACAGACGGUAAAGACCCUCUUUCACCAUGGUGUCUUCAGGCUGGCCUGCGUACAAGAGCAGAGCCACCAGCAUGAUCCAGGAGGAAGCAGUGACCCUUCCUUACUGGCUCCAUCACAGGUUCAUCCCCCUGGUGCCCCAGGAGCCCGGAAAGCCUUGUCUGGGUUGACGGCAUACCCAGGCCCUCAUUACCUGAGGAGAAUUAAGAAGGAGGAAGCUGGCCCAUCAGAUCCACCCUCCAGCGGCCAAAAGGGAGAAAUGGGAGCUCCGGGAGCCCGUGGAAACAAAGGAGAAAAGGGGCAGCCUGGAGAGAUGGGGAAACCUGGAGAAAAGGGCACCAAAGGAGACAAAGGUGAAAAUGGUCAAAAGGGAGAACCAGGAAUUGGGUUCAGAGGUCCUGUUGGUCAGGCUGGGCCACCUGGAUAUAAGGGUGAGCCAGGAGCCCCAGGACCUCCAGGAGCUCAAGGUAUCCAGGGCAUUCGUGGCAACACCGGCAUCCCUGGCUCCCAGGGGGACAGAGGGGCUCCAGGUCUGCCUGGAACGCCAGGGCAGAAGGGAGAGCGUGGGAAGAGAGGACGGAAUGGAGUUGCUGGGCCUGCAGGACCAUCAGGAUCCCCAGGAAAAGAGGGGAUUCCUGGGACACCUGGACCCAAAGGCAAAAAGGGAGAAGCCGGUAUUGGAGCAGCUGGCCCAAGAGGUCCCCGUGGACUGCCUGGCCCUCGGGGUGAUGAGGGCAUCAUGGGAGUCCGGGGUCCCACUGGCACGAUGGGUCUAAAAGGCUUCCCAGGUGUGAAAGGCAAAAGAGGUGAUCGCGGACUUCUGGGACCCAAGGGAGAAAGAGGUGAGCCCACGACUAUUUUGGGACCCCAGGGGUAUAAAGGCAGUAAAGGAGAUCCUGGUGAACGGGGCCUGCCGGGUUUUGAUGGAGACAAAGGCGAGAAGGGAGAAGAUGGCCCUGUAGGAGAAAAGGGAGUCAAAGGUGAAGCUGGGUCCAAAGGAGUGAUGGGACUUUUUGGUACAAGAGGACCAGUGGGACAGAAGGGGGAGCCAGGAGAACCAGGCUUGCCGGGCUCUGCCGGUACAGCAGGUCUUGAUGGAAAGAAUGGAAACAAGGGAGCCAAAGGCGACAGAGGUCUUCAGGGGCAGAAGGGCAAGCCGGGAGAGAAAGGUGAUCCUGGGACCAUUGGUGAGACUGGGCAGAAAGGAGCCAAGGGCUUACGAGGGCUCCCAGGACGUAUUGGUGCUCCCGGAGCUGAGGGCAUCAAGGGAGAUACUGGCAGUCCUGGAAAACCAGGAAUCCCAGGAGCAGAUGGACCAUAUGGACCAAAGGGUGAACCAGGAGCAUCAGGAGACGAUGGUGCCGUGGGGAUUCCUGGGGGAAAAGGAGAAAAGGGGGCCAAGGGAGUUCCUGGCUUGGGAGGCUUCAAAGGACAAAUGGGAUGGCCUGGGAAGCCUGGAGUUGCUGGACCAGAUGGACCUCAAGGGCCACAGGGCAAACCAGGGCCACAGGGUCCACGAGGGAGAAGAGGGAGACCUCAGCUCUGUCUCAAGGGACCCCCAGGCAUGGAUGGGCAAAAAGGAGAAACGGGUGAAAAUGGUCCAGCUGGCCAGAAAGGAGAAAAGGGAGAUCCUGGUCUUUCUGAGGAAGAAGUGAAGGAGGUGGUCAGGAGCGAAAUGAAAGGCAGAUGCGAUUGCGGAGGUCUGGAGGCAGCUGAAUUCAACAGAGAGCUCCAAGGGUAUUUUCAGCCUCAGGAACACACCAGAAUAGAUGAUAGAAGCCAGGAAGAAAUGCUUAACACAACUCAGAGCGUGACAACGUUAGUGACUUCGGUGAAGCCAUUCAUGGAGCCACAUUCACUUAUCACAGCAGCUCCCCGGGCGCAGCAGAUAACGGGUUCCUCUCAGCACAAGGACCAAGAAGCCCACAGUCAAUUACCAGCCUCCUGCCUGCAGCCGAUGGAUGAGGGUUCCUGCCAGCACUACACCCUGCUGUGGUAUUACCACGCAGAGGCAAAAGCUUGCCGGCCCUUCAUCUUUGGAGGAUGCCGAGGGAACAGCAACCGCUUUGAAACCAAGUGGAAAUGUGAGCGGCGGUGCAAAACCUCAGCAGGCAGAGGGAGGUGAUCAGUGAAUGCAAUGUUUAAAUCAACAAGAAAUGGAGCUGUAAGAAGUGUCUCCAGGACAUCUUAGAGAUGGACAAGCAAGACAAAUCAGUUACCAUGAAGAAGCAAAAGAUGUUUGAAAAAAAGAUACUAGAAAACUGUAAUUAUGAGCAGGAAAUAAAGUGAUAUG